AUGGCGAUGAUGCAAGGGGUACAAAAGAACACCCUCUACGUCGGCGGUUUAGCGGAAGAGGUCAACGAAUCCAUCCUUCACGCAGCGUUCAUACCAUUCGGAGACAUUAAGGAUGUCAAGACUCCUCUGGAUCAAGCCACUCAAAAGCAUCGUUCCUUCGGCUUCGUCACUUUCCUUGAAAGAGAAGACGCUUCCUCCGCCAUGGAUAAUAUGGACGGUGCUGAACUAUAUGGUCGUGUCCUCACCGUUAAUUACGCUCUUCCUGAGAAAAUUAAGGGUGGUGAACAGGGAUGGGCUGCUCAACCAAUUUGGGCGGAUGCGGAUACUUGGUUUGAAAGGCAGCAACAGGAGGAGGACAUGCGUCGCCUUGAAGCAGAGAAUAAAGCUGCAAUGCUGGCUGCUGAAGAACUGCACAGGAAGCAAGUAGCUGAAGAGCGAGAAGGGGAGAAGGAGGAAAUUGAGAUCAAGGAUGAUCCUAUGGCAAGGGCUGAUGCAGAGGUUGUUGCAAAUUGA